UCCGUCACAGACAUUCAUUAAUUUGCAGUGCUCAUACUCGUCUCGGCUCUCCCGCUAUUGGUGUACUCUGGACCACAAUGAGGAUGAGCACAGAACACUUCAUACAGCCUUCCUGUGUGUUACAAACAUGGCAGGCAACGCCACCAGCACCCUGCUCCACUUUACACCUCUGAACAUUUUAAAGCCGGACCCUCCAUCAGAUGUGAAAAUCACUGAGUUGGAGGGACAUCAGACGUGGAUAAAGGUCACCUGGUAUUCCCCGACCUCCUGGAAACAUCAAGACAGAUAUUAUGAACUAAUCUACGAGGUCAAAUACUGGCCUCUCCAGUCCUCGUUUUAUAAUAAGCAGGUAAUGUUGAUUAAGGGUUCACGCUCCCACACCAUCAAAGAUGCCAUGCCUGGUGUUCAGUACCUGAUACAGCUCAGAGCCAAGGACGAAUAUGACGGCCAGUGGAGUGACUGGAGUACACCUAUCAAUGCAAGCAGCUGGACAGCUCCUGUGCUCAUUGAUGAUCUGAUUACCACAACGUUUCCAGUAAUCAUAGAGGAAGGAUCUACUACAGAUGACUACACGCCUGAUGACGUUCUUGGACCAGGAAAUACUCCCUCUCCUGGACCAGUGGAGCUGUCUCAUGCCCUGUGGAUCUCUGGUUCAUUUCUUCUCUUGUCAGUCAUUUUGGCUGCCUACAUAUUCAGACACAAGGACAGAUUAAUGUCUAAGCUGCACCGUGUGAGUGUCAUCAUCCAGCCUCUUGACUCGUCUGAGCUUCCACCCACCACCCCAGCAGCCCCAGAGGAGCAGGCCCUGGUAACUUUUACCCGUCCACAUUACAAAGAACCCCCAGUGAAUGAAGGAGAAGAAGAGGACGGAGAAAAUGAGGAAGAACAGAGGGUGAAGGAGAGGAUAGAAGCCAUGCACUUCAACAACACAAGUUAUUUCUUUGUCCAGAGGGACUGAUGAUCAUUCAAAGGGGGGGCUUAAACUAGUUGGAACAUUUUAACAUACCAACUACUGCCGGAUUUGCGUUUUUCACUUCAGAACUGGUGUCACAGAUGACACAAAGGAUAAUGGACUUAAACUUUUUAUGGUUCUUCAAUUAGCUUCUUUUGGAAGCAACCUCAGGAAUAGUGUCUAUCUCUCUAACUAUCUCAUGCCUAAAAUACCUCUGAAAAUACUUUGUUGUUGUUAUUGUAUAAAGAGCAGCAUUUAACUACUGUGUCCUAUGUGUGUGUCAAUUUAAAAUGUUUUGAUAAACUAUGGAUUGGAUAUUUUUCUGCAAAAUUUGAAAGAUGUGACAACAGUUACAGUUAACAGUUUUCAGUGACAAUAUAGCUAAAUAUUUCCCCAGUCAUCCAGCCUCCAGAAAAGGCUUCACCAGGGAAAAACUUAUCAAUUGGGAUUGUUGUGUUCAUAUAUGGAAUGUGAUGUGAUAAAUAUAAAAGUCGAUGAACUAAGUCAGUGAUCAAACUGUACUUAAAACACAAUGGUGGUUUACUGUUCUUGCAUUAUAUCAGAAUAGUCCAAAAGCUAUAGGAAAAGUAUUUUUGAGAAGCUUGUAAAUGUCUUAGCAGACAUAACACUUUUGCUUUUUUGUUUUGUGUGUGUGUGUGUGUGUGUGUGUGUGUGUGUG